AUGGAAGAGCAAAGCUUGAUUAGAAUCCCACCGUUCCAAUACGUUCACAUCCUCGACUGUAAUACCAACAUUACAAGAGUAACAGAAGGUCCUCUCACUUACGUCUUGAAAGAUCACGAACGAAUUGGCCUUGGUGGAAAGAUUAUGAAAAUGAUCCAAAUUCCUCCCAGAAACUACUGUAUAAUCAGAAACCCAGUUAUCAAGGACGAGCAUAGAAGAGUUUCUUUUGACGACAACGGAAUGAUAAUUAAAAUAUGGCGUCUCAGUCAGGGCAUGGUCUGGAGGCUAUGCAGCUAGGAGGACAUAUUUUAAUUAUAUCCGACAAGGAUUUGCCAAUUCAGAAAUGAAGAGCAAUGCUGGUUAAACAAUUAUGGUAAUGCUCAGAGUCUAGCUCUAGCCCGCUUUCAGGUUGGAUUUUAGUUCGAGAGGAGGGUGAGGAGUUACUUUAAUGUGGUGGGAAAUCCGACCCCACCGACUCGCCCUUAUGGGCGAGUUUUAUUAAAGUUGUAGAGAAGGGAGGGUUCAGAGUUGGAAAAAGAGGGAGCUCAAUAAAGUCUACAGGCAAUGCCUAGACUAUUAGGGCAACUCUCUAGCGUGAAACUGAGAGUUAUGCCUCUGGCUUUGAAUUAUUCCUUUUAUCAAUAGUCCACCAGAAAUUCCAUUUUUUGAGAUUUUUUGUGCGUUCAGCCUUUGUUUAACUCAUGCAACAUGCCGCAGAAGUCCAUAGCCUUCCACGCAACGCUGGAGCUAACAAGGUAAGGAGGAGACGGAGAUACAUAACCCUACUUCACAUAUCGCCAUGGCGUCAGGAAGCGAAGAAGAGGAAAUGUGGUGCUUGAGCCGAUUCUCGCCCAGUUAGUCAUCUAACUCGGCAAAGUUCUCCCUGUAGACAUGAGAAAGAAAGUGAAUCCCCUAUUGGGAUCCUUGGUGACUGCGUUAAAAAUACGCAGUAGUCAAGCCUAUAAUCAGUUUAAGACGACAAUGGAAUGGCAAGAGUUAAGCAUGGAGACCGUGAAGUCCGCACAUCAGAAACCCACCCUGAGCCUUUUCCACUUUAUCCAUGGGAAGAAAUAGAACAAGACAUCCAAAAAAUCCCUGUAAUUCAGCCAAACUGCGCUUAUAAAUUAAGGGCUACAAGAGAUUUCAUCGACAGCACUGGAGAAAGACGUUCUGCAGGUGAUGAAUGGCUUCAUUAUGGGCCUGGAACCUAUGUUCCUAAGAUUGAAUGUGACAUUGUUGAGCAAGUCAAGUCUUUGACUAUCAAGCCAAACGCAGCACUCAAAAUUAGAGCUAAAAGAUCUACAGUUGAUAAGUACGGGAACACCAGAGAAGCAGGUGAAGAAUGGCUUAUCAGAGAAACUGGAGAUUAUCUGCCAGGUGUCAAUGAAGACGUCGUUGAAGAAGUCAAAGCAAUUGUAUUGACUGAAAAGAAAGGACUUCAGCUAAGGGCUAUAAGAAACUUCACUGAUGUGUAUGGAGUCAAAAGAUUGGCCGGAGAAGAAUGGUUGGUGACUCAAAAAGAAACCGACACUCACAUCCCUGACGUCAACGAAGUCGUUGUAGGAACCGUCAACUCUAUUGUCCUCAAUAACAGACAAUACUGUUACAUCCUCGACCCUGUCGAAAACGGGAAAAACCAGUUCGGUAAAAAAGUUUUAAGAAAAGGAGAAUGCACCUUCUUCCUCAAGCCUUUUGAAAGUUUAGAAAAAGGGAUCCAAGACGUCUACGUCCUUGCAGACGACGAAGCUCUGCUUCUCAAAGCUAGAGAAAACUUCAAAGACUCAGAAGGCGACGACCAUUUGGCAGGCGAAAGGUGGAUGAUUUAUGGCCCAAGAGACUAUAUUCCUCCAAUUGAAGUAGAAGUCCUAGAAAGAAGAAAAGCUAUUCCCCUCGACAAAAAUGAAGGUAUUUAUGUCAGAGAUAACAGAACUGGAGAAGUCAAAGCAGUAAGUGGAGAAAGCUACAUGCUUAAACCGCAUGAAGCCUUGUGGGAUAUGGAGCUCUCACCUGAAGUCGAAGAUCUAGUUGCCAGACAAAUCACAGGAGAAACCUUCCAAAUCGCGAAAAAAGAAGGAGACAAGCAAGUCUACGUGUCGACUGGAAAGCCUUAUAAGAGAGAUAAAACCAGAGUAGUCGCAUUUAGAGUCCCAAGUAAUUCAGCUGUGCAGGUAUACGAUUUCAAGAAAAAGACAAGCAGAGUCGUUUUUGGGCCUGAUAGAAUUAUGCUUCAGCCUGACGAGCAGUUUACCGUUCUAAACCUGUCAGGAGGAGUUCCUAAGAAAGAAGGGCUUAUUAAAAAUAUUGCACUUAUGCUUGGCCCUGACUUUAUGACUGACAUUGUCAUCGUAGAAACCAGCGAUCACGCCAGUCUUGCUAUGACGCUUUCUUAUAACUGGUUUUUCGACGUCGAUAAAAACAACGCAGAAGAAUGCAAUAAGAUUUUCAUGGUCCGCGACUUUGUAGGUGACGCUUGCAAAACAAUUGCUAGCAGAGUCAGAGGGGCAGUUUCUUCUUAUACUUUUGAAGAUUUUCAUCAAAGAUCAGCUGAUAUUAUCAAAUCUAGCGUUUUUGGAAGAAAAGGAGACGCUGUCAAAUCUGAAAUAAGAUUUUCAGCAAAUAAUUUGGUCGUGACCAAUGUCGAUAUUCAAAGUGUUGAACCUACUGAUGAUAAAACUAAAGCAAGUCUUAAGAAAUCAGUCAAUCAAGCUAUAGAAAUUACAACUGAGUCAAGCAAAGCAAGAGCUCAGCAUGAAGCAGCCAAGGCUGAGCAGCACUCGAAAGGCCGCUUAGAUCUUCAGAAGGUUCAAGACGAAAUUGAAGCUGAAAUGGAACAAACCAAACUUAUAGAGCUGAAGGUGAAAAACAGCGAAGUCCAAUUAAUCGGGAAAUCCACUGGUGAAGCACUUGCAGAAGCCAAGGCAAGAAAAAUCCAAAAUGAAAGCAAUGUGGAGAUGACAACUUUGAUUGAAGAAGCAAAGAAAAUUGAAAAUGAGACUGAGCUGUCACUUCUGAAAGAAAAACAAGCUGCUGAUGUCGCCCAUCAAAAUGCGCUAGAUGAAUUGGAAAUUAAUAAGGCAAAAGAAUUAGCAGCAAUUGAAACUCAGAAAUUCCAAGAAAUUGUGGAUGCAAUUGGAAAGGAAACUAUUGUGGCGAUGGCUAAAGCUGGGCCUGAACUUCAAGCGAAGCUUCUUAAGGGACUUGGACUUAAAGGAUUUAUGCUGAUGAACUCAAAGAACCCUAUUAAUCUUUUCUCAACAGCAAAUGGCUUCGUUCAAAACCCUUAA